AUGCAAUACGCCCAGAUCCCUCCAGGGGCUUCGUCCCAGCCAACCCCGUUCCAAGUGUCGAUCCCCGACUCACAGCUGGCCCGGUUCCAACAGCAGCUCGCCCUCGCCGAAUUGGCGCCCGCAACGUAUGAAAGUCUGCAAGAAGAUGAAAGCCUAAGCCUGGGCAUCUCUCACGCCUGGCUUUCCAAUGCCGUCCACACAUGGAAGACUCAAUAUGACUGGCGUCAAACCGAGACUCGUAUCAACUCCUUCCCCAACUACCAGACUGCAGUGACCGACGAGGCCGGAAGGGAUUACAACAUUCACUUUGUGGCUCUGUUCUCAGAGAAGCCAGACGCCAUCCCCAUCGUGCUGCUACAUGGCUGGCCUGGUAUCUUUAUGGAAUUUCUGCCGGCUCUCGACAUCCUGAGGAGGCGCUACACCCCGUCCACUCUGCCCUACCACAUCAUUGUGCCUAGCAUAGUCGGCUAUUGUUUUUCGAGCGGCCCGUCAACCACAUCCAAUACCACGCUUCUCGAUGUCGCCUGGGCCAUCAACGAGGUCAUGAUCAGUCUCGGCUUUGGCGCUGGCUAUCUUGCUCAAGGCGGUGACAUUGGGAGUUACCUGGCGAGAAUCCUGGGGUCCAAGUAUGAAGCAUGCAAGGCCGUGCACUGUAAGUCCAAAACAUCGAAUGACCCUCCGAGUCUGAGUCUGAGUGAGAUCGAACAGGCCGCGCUGGACCGAACCGGCUUGUUCAGUAUGACUAACUUUGCGUACGCGCUGGAACAAGCCACCCGGCCGGCCACGAUUGGGUUCGUACUGUCUACCAACCCCGUCGCAUUACUGAGUUGGAUAGGUGAAAAGUACUUGAGUUGGAGCGACCAAACCCCCUCCCUCUCGGUGAUCCUCGAUGCCGCCUCAGUCUACUGGUUCACCAAGACCAUCGCCCGCUGUAUCUACCCAUACCGCGACACGCUACAGGUCCUGUACCACGACCUGCCAGAGUACUUCGUCCCCAAGCCGCUGGGCUUCUCGUUCUUCCCGUACGAGAUUCUACCCGCGCCCAUCUCGUGGGUGCGAACCACGGGCAAUUUGGUUUGGAGUAGAAUCCACACCGAAGGAGGCCACUUUGCCGCGUUGGAACGGCCGGAUGUUUUUCUGCAGGACCUGGAAGACUUUGCUGGACAGGUUUGGCCUUGGUCGGAAUGA